ACGAUGGGACGGGAAGCGCAGCGUUGGAGGACCACAGAGAAGAAGAUGGCUGCGACGGGGCUCGACGGGCCAGCGCUGUUAUCUCCUGCGCCGAGACGGCUAGAGAGGGUAUAGGGGGUAAAUAUGGGGUCGCAGACCCUCCAGAUCCUGCGGCAGGGCGUGUGGGCAUCGGUGACGGGUGGAUGGUACUACGACCCCCACCAGAACACCUUCGUGAACGCACUUCACCUUUACCUGUGGCUGCUGCUGCUCUGCCUCCCGUUCACGCUCUACAUGGCCUUGCCCCCCACAAUGGUGAUUGUGGGUAUCUACUGCGGGGUGAUAGCAGGAAUGUUUGCGCUGCUGAAGGCAGUGAAUUAUCGCCUGCACACUGCGCUGGAUGAGGGGGAGGUGGUGGAGCUGCGGGCCAAAGGGAGCGAGGGACGGGGCCAGGGGGCAGAGCACCAACGUGAGGGUACCGGCACCCGGCAGGUAGACUCGAACGGGCCUGGGGAUCCAGGGGGUGGAAUAGAGAUGUCUGAUUUUGCACAGGAGGAGACGCCACCGGUCGACUGCAGCUCACGGAACUCUUACGUAGGAAUGGACUCCAACCAUCAGAUAACAUCCCAUGGAGGCUCAGUCACAACCAAACGGGCAGGUGUUGGAAAGGCUCCCGAUGAUAUCAGUUUGAGUUUGGCUCAGAGUUGCAGUCAGGACCAAGAUUUGAUGUUGGACCCAAAGAUGUUCUGCCUCGUCUCCAAUGACUCUUUUGCCUCCAUGCAGCCAUCAACCUCAUUGGCUCAGGAACUUUAUGGCUCCACCCCUCACCCUUUUAGUCAGUCCCUGUCCUCUUGUGACACAGAAAUUACUGCCCAUCUUUCCACCCACUCACAGUCUUUCCGGAAAGAGUCAUCUCGACCUCGUGGAUUGCCUCGGACCUCAAGUUCUGCGGGAUCUGCUUUUCCAGAUCCUUCUCUGCCCGAGUUCAGCCUGUACCCUCCACCCCGUCGGGGAGGACUGGAUCCUGUCUGUGAAAUGGAGGCCUCCAGGUCACAGAGGGCAACAGAGAGCUCUGAGCAGCCAGACUCUGGAACUCCCAGCACUUCAGGAACAGAAUGUCACAGAUAUCAUCCGAAGGAGCACCGCAGGAUAUCACGGUCUGUUUCCCGAGAGACAGGGGAAGGAAUGUGUGCUGGGGAAGGGGGAUCUGGGUUGUACCAGUCAGAGGGUGUACAGGGGGGUCGGGAAAGAAAAGGUGGACGGAGUGCCGGAAGUUUGCGGAGUUUAAGCACACGCAGUAGUGGCUCCACUGAGAGCUACUGCAGUGGGACGGACCGGGAUACCAACAGUACUCUGAGCAGCCUGCACAGCGAGCAGACCAGCUCCACGCACGUAGAGAGUCUACUGUCAUUGUCCGGGGAUGAGAAGGUAAAUGCAGGACAUACCGACCCGCGUAACUCUAAUAUGGCCUCGGGGGAGGCUAAUAAAAACCCCCAUGCCAACGAACUUGCUACCAAAUUGCCCGUCGGUGAUGCUCCCAAACCCACAAACUCAGAGGGCCAACAGGGGGAAGGAACUGUGGCGGGACCAAGGACUAGCGUAGAUGUCUCUGCUGGUCUCGCCCACCAGCACCAGGAGGCAGAACCAGACAAAGUGCAUCCCAAAACAGCCAGUCUUGUUCACCGGGCUGCCUCCUCGUCUGCCGCCAACCAUAGUGGCCGGCGACGCAAUGGUAAGCAGCGCGCAAGCAGUUUUGAUGCCAGCAAACACCGGGAAUACAUUUGCGGACGUGGCAUGGCAAAGCCUCGCUCUGCAGUGUUCAUGAAAGGAGAGGAAGACUCCAGUGAUCAGAGCGAACUUAGUUGUGCCUCCAGCCUACACUCCACCCACCAGCUUAGCACAGACUCCUCAUCCAGCACACUCCACUCCUGCCCCUCUCCCGAGGAUCGCCGUGGCCCCUCGCUACGGGCCAAAAUGAAUGGUGUGCAAACCCACGGUCAGAAGUACAAGGAAAAGGAACGGGAGAAAGACAAGGAGAAGGGCAAACGCAAAGCUUCGCGACGCACUCCAAGUACAGGCAGUGCCAAAACUCAUGCCCGGGUCUUGAGCCUGGACAGCAGCACUACUGUUUGCCUUAAUGACCCCCACCAUUUGGGGGCACCAGCAAGUUCCAGACCCCUUACCACCUCCAAGUCGGACCUGGAGGCAAAAGAGGGGGAGGUGUUGGAUGCGGCAUCCUUGCUGGGAAGGGCCUCUCAGCUUGAGUCAGUGACCCGGUCGAGAAACAGUCUGCCCUGCCCUAUUUCCCUUAGUCACACGCAAGACACAACAACAGGAUCUCGAGCCCCAGGGAAUGACGACACAGCCACGUUUCGCCGAGAGCGUAGUACGUUUCGUCGGCAAGCGGUGCGUAGACGGCACAACGCAGGAAGUAACUCCACACCCCCAGCCUCCAUCAUCGGAUCCCCACUCAGUCUGCAGGAAGCUCUGAGUCAGGUAUCUCAAGCUUCAGGGUCACAGGUCAGAGGUCAGCAAUCCCGCACGCCGUCUCAGGUGACGGUAUUGAGCACUAGCGCCUCCCUGCUGGUCAGGAAUGGAAGUGCGCAGCUGGAGGGCUGUCCGGAUAAGGCGUCCACUGUGGGCGUGACCAGCCUGCAGGAUGACUUUGAUCUGCUGAAGUGUGCAUGUGACCUGCAUGAGCUGGAGAAUGUGCUCUCAGUGGCUCUGGCGGUUCUCGUGGCCUUCCUGGGUUCUGUGCUGCUAGUUAAUGGGUUCUUCACUGACAUUUGGGUCUUUCAGUUCUGCCUCGUUAUUGCCAGUUGCCAGUACUCAUUGCUGAAGAGUGUCCAACCCGACUCUUCAUCACCCCGACAUGAUUCGUUAGUGCAAUCAAAGGUCUUCCCUAAUGUGAAAGAGAAAAAUCCAGAGGAUCCCCUUUCUGAAGUUGAGGAUCCUUUACCAGAGAAACUCCGCAGCUCUGUGAAUGACAGACUACAGUCAGAUGUGAUUGUGUGUGUUGUCAUUGCUGUCCUGUAUUUCGCUAUUCACGUCAGCACUGUCUUCAUUGCCUUACAGCCUUUUUUGAGCUAUGUUCUGUACGGUCUGGUUGGGGCAGUAGGGCUGUUAACUCACUACCUGUUGCCCCAGAUGAGGAAGCAGUUACCCUGGUACUGCUUCUCACACCCGCUGCUCAAAACCAGGGAGUACUAUCAGUUUGAGAUCCGGGGUGCCGCCCAUGUGAUGUGGUUUGAGCGUACACAUGUGUGGCUGCUGUUUGUGGAGAAAAACAUCCUCUAUCCACUCAUUGUGCUUAAUGAGAUGAGUGGCAGCGCACAGGAGCUCGCCAGCCCCAGGAAACUAAACACAGAGGUCGGGGCUCUAGUGAUAACCAUCGCUGGGCUGAAGCUGCUGCGUUCUUCCUUCAGUAGUCCAACAUAUCAGUAUGUCACUGUCCUCUUCACGGUCCUGUUCUUCACAUUUGAUUACCGGCAGUUUUCCGAGACAUUGCUGCUGGACCUUUUCGUUAUGUCCAUCGUUUUCAGCAAGUUAUGGGAGCUCUUUUAUAAGUUGAAGUUUGUUUAUACCUACAUCGCGCCCUGGCAGAUUACCUGGGGCUCUGCCUUCCAUGCCUUCGCCCAGCCGUUUGCAGUGCCACACUCUGCCAUGUUGUUCGUACAGGCCAUUGUGUCUGCAGUGUUCUCCACUCCAUUAAACCCUUUUCUUGGCAGUGCCAUCUUCAUCAGCUCGUACGUACGACCUGUGCGCUUUUGGGAGAGAGAAUACAAUACUAAGCGAGUUGAUCACUCCAACACUAGACUUGCUUCGCAGCUUGACAGAAACCCAGGUUCAGAUGAUAAUAACUUGAACUCCAUCUUCUAUGAGCAUUUGACGCGUUCCCUGCAGCAUUCUCUGUGUGGAGACCUGCAGCUGGGCCGCUGGGGAAACUACGGCAUCGGAGACUGCUUCAUCCUGGCAUCUGAUUACCUCAAUGCUCUCGUUCACCUUGUUGAGAUUGGCAAUGGCCUCAUCACCUUCCAGCUCAGAGGACUUGAGUUUAGAGGGACGUAUUGCCAGCAGAGGGAGGUGGAGGCGAUAACAGAGGGAGUCGAAGAAGAUGAAAGCUGUUGUUGCUGUGAGCCCGGUCAUCUCCCCCAUCUGCUGUCCUUCAAUGCUGCAUUCGGACAGCGCUGGCUGGCCUGGGAGGUUCUGGUCACUAAAUACGCCCUGGAGGGCUACAGCAUCACCGAUAACAGUGCCGCAUCUAUGCUGCAGGUGUUUGAUCUGCGGCGAAUCCUCACCACCUACUACGUUAAGGGCAUCAUUUAUUAUGUCAUUGCAUCUCCUAAACUGGAGGAGUGGCUGGCAAACGAAGCCCUUCUUGAGGGCUUGAAGAGCUGCGGAGAGCGAAACUAUGUUGACUUGGAUCCGACUUUUAACCCCAAUAUUGAUGAAGAUUAUGACCACAGACUGGCUGGAAUCUCCAGAGACAGUUUCUGCUCUGUCUACCUCAGCUGGAUCCAGUACUGCAACUCACGGAGAGAGAAGCCACUGGACAGUGAGAAAGACUCUCUGUUGGUUUUGUUGUGUUACGGCCUGUGUGUUUUGGGAAGGAGAGCUCUGGGAACUGCAUCUCACCAUAUGUCCAGUAAUCUGGAGUCUUUCCUGUAUGGGUUGCAUGCAUUGUUUAAGGGAGAUUUCCGGAUCUCAUCUGUAAGAGACGAAUGGAUCUUUACUGACAUGGAACUGCUGAGAAAGGUGGUUGUCCCUGGAAUUCGCAUGUCACUUAAACUGCACCAGGAUCACUUCACCUCCCCUGAUGAGUAUGAGGAAUCAUCUGUGUUGUUUGAGGCGAUAUCGUCACACGAGCAGACACUGGUGAUUGCUCAUGAGGGUGACCCGGCCUGGCGCAGUGCUGUCCUGUCCAACUCUCCCUCUCUGCUCGCCCUUAGACAUGUGUUGGACGAAGGGACCAACGAAUACAAGAUCAUCAUGCUUAACAGACGCUACCUCAGCUUCAGGGUCAUAAAAGUGAAUAAGGAGUGUGUACGCGGCCUGUGGGCAGGACAGCAGCAGGAAUUGGUGUUUUUGCGGAACCGAAACCCGGAGCGUGGAAGCAUCCAGAAUGCCAAGCAAGCACUACGCAACAUGAUAAACUCUUCAUGCGACCAGCCAAUCGGAUACCCCAUCUAUGUGUCACCCCUGACAACAUCUUACUGUAAUACACACCCACAGCUAAGACGCAUUCUGGGAGGACCAAUCAGCAUUGCCAACAUACGAAACUUUAUCGUCAACACGUGGCACAGACUGCGUAAGGGUUGCGGCGCUGGCUGUAACAGUGGCGGGAAUGUUGAAGAUUGUGAUGCGGGUGGCUUGUCAUGUGGCAGUGGGAAUUCUGGGAAUUCUGGGACAGCAGCGAGUGAUUCCCAGCACAGCUCAGGACCCACAGCACUGCACGCUUACACACAUCAUUCUCUGGGUAUGAGUCAGAGUUCUCAGUCUGUCCAGUCUGGUUUGGUUCGUCAGUCUCCUGCUCGUGCGUCUGUCAUCAGUCAGUCGUCCUCAUAUCGUCACAGCAGCAGCCGCCAGUCUUCACUCCGCACGUCUGUGACGGGUCUGGAGCCCUGCAGACGUUCCUCCAGCAGUCAGCUUUCUCUCCGCACGCUGCCAACCUCCCUCCAACUCCGGCUGGGCACCAACGCCUCAGCCGCCAACCCCGACCCGCCCGGCCCCUCCAGCUCCCUCUCCGCCCACUCCAUCCCGCCUUGCAAACGACACACCCACACACUCGCCAGCCUGCUGGGAAACGAAGCCUUAGGGCUGGGGACGGACAACCAUCCUCACCCCCACCAUCAUCUUCACUACAUCCACCAUCAUCAUUACAAUCCCUCGCUGUCCUGUCUGAGAAGGGAUGACAUCUCCUACAGGGUGCAGAUUGUGGAUGUGAGUCAGGUGUUGGAUGUAAUGAAUCAUCCCAAGAGGAAGGAGCUGGUGUGGCCAGAUGAGAGCAUGAGACUAAGAUCUGGACGCAACUUCUGGAGGGACUGGAGUCCCCUAGAAGGCAUGGAGGGUCACGUGGUUCAUCGUUGGGUGCCUUGCAGUCGUGAUCCGGUUAGUCGGUCUCACAUUGAUAAGACCAUCCUGCUGGUCCAGGUGGAUGAUAAACUGGUUCCCAUUAUAGAGACGGGAGUGAUUGAACUGGGGGCAGAAGUGUGAGGACACACUCAUCUAAUGUCAGGCCAGAGGAAGAAUGAGGCCACGCUCACUUCCAGCUGCUGAUCAGGGCGCAAGAAGCCAGGGAAUCGUGCAAAUGGAGAACAUACACACUCACACACGCUGCAAGAAGCACACUUGCUCAAAUCUGGACAGAAAGCUGCCUUGCUUUGUGUUCCUCAGAUAUGCUGCAUGAGAGAUCAGCUCCUGUAAACUCUUCUCUCUCUUUUUCUCUCCUUUACGAGCAGCUGCGGUCUCAUUCAGUUUUUUUUAGGUUCUAUGCAUCUAUCAGCUGUCUGUAAACACAUGAAAACUCACAGGGAACACUACAAACGAGCUUGAUGUACACGCAGAGAAGAGUUUUUUUAUUACAGCUAUAAUUAAGUUUUAUUUUGUAUUUCUGCCAAAUUAAGUCAGGUGCACAGUGCUGC